GUUCCCGCCACGACACGCGCCGAUGGCCCAGCAGCCCACUCCCACGGAUGAAGCCGCGCGCCUCGAGCGCCGGCGCAAGCAGUGCCGCGUGAGCCAGCGCCGCUACCGCGACAAGAAGGGCUCGACCGAGUACAACCUCAAGCUGGAUGUCAACAGCCUGCGCGAGAGCGUGCAGUCGCUCAAGGGCCUGCGCGAGCUGCUGGAGACCAAGCUCUGGAGCUCCAAGCUCGCGCAGAACGCGGCCGUGCUCAAGGCCGUGGAGCAGUACAACGUUGUGUUUGAGCAGGGGCUGCACAACCCUGAGGCUGGCGGUGACAACGUGCGCAAGUGUUUCCAGAUGCAGCUGGGCUUCCUCGGCGCGUUCCUGGACCCAAACGUGCAGUUCGGGGACGCGCACGGACUCCGAGACGUGCUCGAGCAGUGGCACCGCUACACGCAGUUCCACGCGUGGAUCGAGACGGCGUUCGUCUCGGCGGAGGUCUUCGGCUCCGACGACUCCCCCGUCGUCGUGGCGCAGGGCACGCUCACCGUACAGAUCAACCGCAUGACGCUGGAGAAGAUCUACCCGCGCGCUCUAGACAACGCCGAGCUCGUGUCCACGCUGCUCGAUCACGUCAUCGAAUACCGGACGACUACCACCUUUUCGUUCAACGAGCGCGCGCAGGUUGAGCGGCUGGACUGGGACGUGGACUUCCUCGGCGGGCUCAGCAAUCUACUCGGCAGCGCUAUCGACGCGUCGCAUGUGCUGCAAGGCGCGUUGCUCACAGAGGGCUCCAAGCUGAGCGCAAGCGUCGAGGACGACACGGCGGAUGGUCGGCGGCAGCGAGGCAUGGUGGAUCGCGAGCUCGAGCGGGCCGGGCUGGACGACUCCCCGCACAACCUGUUACCAGUAGUAAGUAUUGACGUGCUGUUCAAAACGGCGCUGGACUGA